AUGUACGAGCGUAUCAGUACUUCUGUGAAUAAAAACAAGGAGGAUAUUGUUAAAGUAAACGCCAAGCUUACAGCCAGUGUCGACCACGCUGUUGGGGCUACGGAGGGAUUUCAGCUUAAGAAUGCCGAACUUCAGGAGGUAGUUACUGACUUACAAUGCAGAUCAAUGAAAUGUAAUCUAGUGUUCACGGGAUUACAGGAAAACCGAGGGGAGGAUACUGAAGCCCUCAUUCGACAGUUUAUCUGCAACGAACUUUGGAUAGAUGACGUUCAUGAAUUCGGUAACGUACACCGGUUUGGUAAGCGUCGAGGUAACAAACCUCGCCCUAUAGUCGCUCGCUUCCUCUGUCAGCGUCAACAUGACGACGUUUUAAGACAUGCUUUUCGUCUGAAAGGCAAAGUGUUCGGUCUCCACGAGCAGUUUCCACCAAUCAUUGAGGAGGCAAGGAUGAAGCUUUAUCCAGUGGCUAAGGCAAAGCGAAGGAAUGGGCACAAAGUAAGACUUGUACGUGAUAAGAUGUUCGUCGAUGGUGUGUUGUACACGGGCGAUACGAGUUCUCAAAGGAUGGAAUCACGUGUUCAGCCUGCUGCACCCAUGAAUGUAGAGGAAAGCAGGUCGAAGAGAUCGCGCCAGCCGUCAACUCCCAACGGAACAGGAUCAUCAACUUCCGGUUGUCCACCGUCACGUCGGGCUAGAUACGCAAGGUUCUCAUGCGGGUUGUGA